UUUUCCGCCUGGUUGGGGAGGGAAAGGCAGGGUAAAGGUUGCUUCGAGAGGCGAGCAAAAAGCAGGGAGGGUUGCGCCGAUCCGAAGCAGUCAUGGCGGAACAGCCUAAGCCCUCUCAGGCGCCUAUCAGCCCCAUAAAGAACUUCUUUGCGGGUGGUUUCGGAGGCGUCUGCUUGGUCUUCGUGGGACACCCACUGGAUACCAUCAAGGUCAGACUACAAACUCAACCGAAACCUGUACCGGGACAGCCUCUUCUUUACUCUGGGACCUUUGACUGUUUCAGAAAGACUCUUAUUAAAGAGGGCUUCCGUGGCUUGUAUAAGGGGAUGGCAGCCCCCAUUGUGGGUGUGACCCCCAUGUUUGCUGUGUGCUUCUUUGGAUUUGGCUUGGGCAAAAAACUGCAACAGAAGACACCAGAUGAUAUCUUGACAUAUCCUCAACUGUUUGCAGCAGGAAUGUUAUCAGGGGUGUUUACCACUGCCAUUAUGGCACCAGGAGAGAGGAUCAAGUGCCUGCUACAGAUCCAAGCAAGCUCUGGUGAAAAAAAAUAUGCGGGACCCUUGGACUGUGCCAAACAACUAUAUCGUGAAGCUGGCAUUCGAGGCGUGUACAAAGGAACAGUGCUUACCCUCAUGAGAGAUGUUCCAGCCAGUGGGAUGUACUUCAUGACCUAUGAAUGGCUGAAAAACAUUUUGACACCUCAAGGGCAGAGUGUCAGUGACCUCAGCGUACCUAGUAUACUCUUUGCUGGAGGCAUGGCGGGGAUCUUCAACUGGGCUGUUGGAAUCCCUCCUGACGUAUUGAAGUCGCGAUUCCAGACAGCUCCUCCCGGGAAGUAUCCAAAUGGCUUCCGAGAUGUACUGCGAGAGCUUAUUCGAGAGGAGGGAGUGAUGUCUCUGUACAAGGGAUUCACCGCUGUGAUGAUCAGAGCCUUUCCUGCCAAUGCAGCAUGCUUCCUUGGCUUUGAAGUUGCCAUGAAGUUUCUUAACUGGCUUGCACCAAAUUUUUGAUGACCGAUAAGUAUGUUCCUAAAGGAACCCGAGGACAAGAAAAAGAACUGCAGUAAUUGCAUUGGAGGAGAAAAUCGGAAUUAUGAAAUAAGCUAUAAAAUGACUCGUUUUCUAUUAAUCUUUUUGCCUUAUACUUUCUGGGUGGUGCCCUUUUGCCAUGUGGAAUCUUGAGCCAAAUCUCCUUCUGUGGAGAAAUUCAAGAGGAAUUCACAAUAACACACCUGCCUUUUCAAUGCAAAAGUACCAAAGUGGUUAUGCUGUUGAUAGAAGACCUUACUGCUGUUAACAGGUAUCAAUUUUUAAUUUUUCCCCUCAUUUUCCUCUGGUGAAUAAAGGAAAAUGAUUUUAAUUUCCCUUUUUAUAUUAGUAAAGAAAUGCAUUGCUGGUUAUUGUACCAAGGACAUUCCAAGAAGCCAUGGGCUGUUUGGAACUAGCCAUAUUGCACUUAAUUCUCAGGACAGAGUUUAAUUAAUAGAUUAUUUGAUUGCACUUACAGGUAUUUGGUACUGUUUGCCAUGGUUUCCUGUUAGUUGCUGUGGAAUGGUAGGAAUAUCCGAACACUUUUGUACUUCUGUGCAAGACUUAUUCGUUGUAGUAACUCUUGCAUACAAUACAGUACAGUUGUAGCAUGUUUUGACCAUUUGAGCCUCCAUUUACUGCCUUGAGGUCUCUGACCCAAAGUCCAUAGCAUGGAAUUGCUGCUUUGAAGUAAUUAAUGUAAAAAGAAAGGCAACUGGAAGAAUAAUGCAAAAAUUGAAGAGCCCUGAAGUCACCAAAUAUAUACAUAAGUAAUAAAUUAGUGAAGGCCUGUUAUGUGUAUGAUGAAAACUCAAAUAAGUGAAGAGCAAAACUGUGGGGUAAAUUACAACCACUUUUGCUGGAGUGGGCAGUCAGCAUAAAAAUACCUUUCUCUAAAUUCAACUUUGGUCCUUUUUGGGUAACUAAUAAUAUUUUGGGAGGCAGCUUCACAAGAACUGGACAAUCUUCUUGUAUGUGGCAUACCAGAUUAUGAAUUUUGGUAUUCCUGGUACCUAGAAAUGUAUAACAAUGGUUUCAAAGCAAUUUGUGUUCCACCCUAGCAAGCUUCUAAAGUUGAAGGAGCCUGCAAUAGAAUAACUAACUACAGUGCCAUUCUGUUUUUAAUGUCCUCUCUAACACUCAUAUAUGGGUUUUUAAGUACAUCCCAUGUACAAAGAGAAGAUACAGUAUUUACAAAAUGUCUCAUUGGAACAUGUUUAGGAUUCAAUAAAAGUUGUGUAUUGGUA